AUGAAUACUUUUGAUAAUCAAUAACGAAAUAUAACUUAAGUUAGAUUUGGAACUGAAUAAUCAGUUGCUUCAUCUAUUUCAGCAUUUCCAAAACGAACUUAAGUUGAAUUGUUUUGUUAUCGUCAUCCAGAUAGAUUUAUACAUUAAGGAUGCACAGCAUUAAACUGUUAGAAAAUGAUUAUGUGUCCAUAAUGUAAUACUGAUGAUGAUAUCCAUUAUUAAGAACACAAAGAAGAUAUAGUUGAAUUUCCUCAUUUUUUAGAAAUACUUGCAUCUGAAAUUAAAAAAGUCAAUAGAAAUGAUAGUAUGUAAGUAUUAUCAAUAAAUAAAGGUUAUACAAUAAAAAUGUUAAAUUGUUAUUAGAAAAAGAACAUACUUAUUUAUUAGAAUAUGAUAAUCUAUGUAAAAAAUAAGUGAAAUACUUUAAUUAAUUAAUUGAUGAUCAAACUUCAUUAAUCAUGUAACAUUUCUAUAUCUUAAAAUAAACCAUUAAUGCAUUCUUUGACAGUAAUUAUUUUAACAAUAAAUAGAUAGAGUAAUUCAAUAUUUUUUCAAAUAAUAUUCAUUUCUUUAAAACUCAAUACUAAUAAAUUAAUCCAGAAGAAACUUUGGCUAGAUAUGGAGAUGUACCUUAAAUUGUUGCUAAAUUAUAUGCCAAAAAUCCUUAGUAAUGCUUUCAUUUCUUAAAUAAUUUGAGAAAAUCAGCUAAUAUGGAAGGCUAAUUACUUUCAGAUCUUGAUUAUAUUUCUAAUAUGGUUUUGAGAAAUUAUGAAGAUUCAUCUUUCUCUUUAUAAGAGUUUGCCUUAAAUCAAUUAAAAAACUCUGUUGCUGAUAUGAUUGAUUAAACUAAAAUUACUAUUAAUGAUAGUUUGAAAUAAUUACCUAAACUUACUUAAGAUAUUCAUGCUAGUGUUGUGUCUUAAGCAUUUAUCUCAUAUAAUCGUCAUCAAGUGAAAUUAGCUUAACCAGAAUUAUUUGAGAAUAGAAAAUUUAGAUUUGCAAAUGUUGCUCAAAUUUAAACACAUCAUUCUAAUAGUGUAACUGCCCUAGUGGCUCUAUCUGAUGACGUACUUGCAACAAGUUCAUAUGAUAGAACAAUUAAAAUCUGGAGAAUUUCAUCAGGUGAAUUAUUGAAAACCAUUUAUGAUACAUGUUGUAUAUCUAGUAUGAUUAGUUUGAAAAUUAAAAAUGAUAAAAAUCCAUAGGCUGAUUCUUAUACUGAUGAGGAGAAUUCUUAAUUGCACAAUUAAAUACUUAAAGGGAAUUUGAGUAAUUCUGGAUUUUAUUUGAUAACUGGAGGAUUUGAUAAAUAAAUUAAAGUUUGGGAUUUUGAUAUCAUGGUUAAGGAUAAUUAAUAUGAAAUGGAUCGAAUUGCUAAAUAUGAAUCUUCAUUAUUAAGUUAAUCUUAUAAUCUAUCAGUCUUUCCUAUACAUACAUUAAAGGGUCACAAUAGUUGGAUUACUGCUUUGCUCUCUUUUAAUGAUGAAAGAAAUAUAGCAGCUGGUGAUGAUUCAGGAGAAGUGAUAGUGUGGGAUAUAAUAAAUUAAAUUUUAUUAUAUAGAUUAACUCAUAUAAGAAAUCCAGGAAUUGUUCCAUUUCUUAGUCUUACUAUUCCAUUUUAAUAGUUUUGUUGUUCUUCUGGAACUUAUUUAAGAAUAUACUCAUGUAUUUUUUUCAAUAAAUUAAAUUUAGUGUUUUAUAAAUCCCAAGAAGAGAUAUAUCCUAAUCCAAAAUUUAAAGAAAGAUUAGAGGCUAAAUUUGCUCCUAAGAAAAAUCCUAUUUAAAUUGCUCCAUAAUUAUCAAAUGUCCAAUUAGAUAAGGAGAUAGAUAUUUUUUGGGGAAUAACAGGAUGUAUAAGUCCAAGUAAUUACCCUAAUCUUCUAAUUGUUUUUGGUAAUUAACCAAACAAAUUAAAAUAUAUUAUGUUAAAUAAAAAUAAAAUUGUUGAAAUUAAUACAGAUAAUGAAACUUAUUGUGGACAAUUACUUUUGAUUGAAAAACAUAGAAUUCAUGACGCUCAAAUGGAUUAAUUUUAUAAAAACAUUAAUUUUAUUAUGAUGGGUGAUAAGAGUUUAGCAGUUUAUGAUGGUUAUGGUACAAAAAUCAGAGCAUUAGAAUCAUAAAUGGAUGAUCUUUAUGCUAGCAAUAUAUUAUGUUAAAGGAAUAUGUAGAUUCUAAAAUUAGAUAAAAGAAGUCUCAAAAAAACAUUGAAAUUUGCUUGUGUUUCACAAUAUGGAACCUAAGAUUAUAAAUAUAAAUCAGCCAGAAUAACACUUUUUGAAAUUUCUUAUGAUACCAUAUGA